CUAAUCAUCAGGAAGAGCUGAGAUCUGCAAAGACGGAGUUUCUUAAAGAGGACAGAGAGAAGAUGAGAGAUCCAGAGCCCUGCAGAAUCAGACACACUGAAGAUACUGAAGAACUAACAGAGCUGAUGGAAGAGAGCGAGGAGAGUGAAGAACUGAGUGAAGCGGAGGAGAAACAUCAUGACAAACCUGGAGAAAAACCCUCGAGUCGCUCAAACUCUAAAAAUACAUUUUUAAAGAAAUCUUUCAGCUGCAGUCAGUGUGGAAAGAGUUUGACAAGCAAACGUAAUCUUGAUGUUCACAUGAGAAUCCACACUGGAGAGAAACCGUUCACAUGCGAUCAGUGCGGGAAGAGCUUCACACAGAAACCACAUCUUACGGGGCACUUGAGAGUUCAUUCUAGAGAGAAACCGUUCACAUGUGAUCAGUGCGGGAAGAGUUUCACACAGAAACCACAUCUUACGGGGCACAUGAGGAUCCACACGGGAGAGAAAUCAUAUGGAUGUGAUCAGUGUGAGAAGAGUUUCACACACAAACACAGUCUUAAUGUUCACUUGAGAGUUCAUUCUAGAGAGAAACCGUUCACAUGUGAUCAGUGCGGGAAGAGUUUCACACAGAAACCACAUCUUACGGGGCACAUGAGGAUCCACACGGGAGAAAGGCCGUAUGCAUGCGAUCAGUGCGGGAAGAGUUUCACACAGAAACCACAUCUUACGGGGCACAUGAGGAUCCACACGGGAGAAAGGCCGUAUGCAUGCGAUCAGUGCGGGAAGAGUUUCACACAAUCAUCAUACCUUCCUCUUCACAUGAGGAUUCACACAAGAGAGAAACCUUACACAUGUGAUCAAUGCGGCAAAACGUUUCUGUGGGCUUCAUGCCUGAAGACACACCUGGCAGUUCAUACAAAGGAGAAGCCGCAUUCAUGUUCUGAAUGUGCAAAGAGUUUUUCACUUCUACAACAUCUGAAAGAACAUCAGAAAACACAUAAUGAUGUGAGAGACUACAUGUGCUUUGAGUGUGAAAAGACUUUUACGAAAGCGAACUAUUUAAAACGGCACCAGAGGAUUCACACUGGAGAGAAACCUUACAAGUGUUCUCACUGUGACAAGAGAUUCAGUCAGUCAACACAUCUAAAAUCACACGAGAGGAUCCACAGCAGAGAGAAACCGCACACGUGUGAUCAGUGUGGAAAGAGUUUCACUGUUAAACACUACCUGAAGCGACACAAGAGGAUCCAUGCAGUGGAGAAACCAGAUCAGCGUGAUCCAUGUAUGGAUGCCAGCAAUGUCGGCUCAGUUUCGGCACCCAGACUUGGGCCAGUGUACUUGGGCUGA